GCACAUAGCCACCAACAAUUAAUACUAAAGCAUUUGCUAUGGCUUUUAAAACAUUCUCCUAUUGCGUCCUAAUAGCCUUUCUCCUCUCCAUUUCUAUCCAAUCCUUUUUAGCUCAGGCUAGAGCUUUGAAAUCUAAAAACCAAGAUAAAUUCAAAUCCUUUCAAAACCUACAAGGAGCUGGAAAAGGCUCAACACUUAAAGGUCUGAGUGAGGUGAAGCAAUACUUGAAAAAUUUAGGAUACUAUCCAACUGAAGCCAAUCUUAUCUCAGAUCAUUUUGAUGAAGUUAUGGAGUCUUCACUCAAACAAUAUCAAGAGUAUUACCGUCUACAAGUCACCGGAAAGCUAGACUCCGAUACCAUAAAAGAAAUGAUGAUUCCACGAUGUGGAGUUCCUGAUAAGUUUAACCACCGAACAAGGGAACCGAAUCAAAACCAUAACAAGCCUGGCAAAUUUCAUAUGACAGUUUCCGACUACACCUUCUUUCCAAACAUGCCGAAAUGGCGACCUUCCAAGUACCACCUGACCUACACGUUUCUCUCCGGCGAGCAAGUCGUCGAUGAGAAGGUGCUGAAGUCUGUUUGCUCCAAGGCAUUCAAGAAAUGGUCUGAUGUCUCCCAGUUCACAUUCAAGGAGGCGUCUGCUGGUUCAACAGCAGAUAUUGUUAUAGGGUUUUACAGUGGAGAUCAUGGAGAUGGCAGUCCUUUUGAUGGGCCUGGAGGGACUCUAGCUCAUGCUUUUGCACCAGAGAAUGGAAGAUUUCAUUAUGAUGCAGAUGAGAAUUGGAGUACUAACCCUAAUGUUGACGAAGUUGACUUGGAAACUGUGGCUAUUCAUGAAAUAGGUCAUCUUCUUGGGCUAUAUCAUAGUCAGGAUGAGAAUGCAAUUAUGUAUUAUAUAAUUCCUUAUGGAACUAUUAAGAGGAAGCUCAGUCAGGAUGACAUUGAUGGCAUUCAUGCUCUCUACCCUUCGGUAUAAAAAAUAAUUAGAUUUUAAAUAUGUCAUUGUAGCCUUUUAAGUGAAAAAUAAUUAAGGUUAUUUAUCACAUAUAAUAGUGAAAUGCAUGUAGCCUUUAAGUGAAAAAUAAUUAAGGAUAUUUAUCACAUAUAAUAGUGAAAUGUAUGUAUAUCAUAAGUUUGAGAUUUAAGAGUCUUUUAUUAAUUAUGAUUA